CCCCAACAUGGGAGGCAAACUGAGCAAGAAGAAGAAGGGCUACAAUGUGAAUGACGAAAAGGUGAAGGACAAGGACAAGAAGGCUGAGGGGGCGGCUGCUGAGGAAGGGGAGGCCACGAAAGAGAGCGAACAGAGCCCACAGACCGCCACAGAGACGCCCGAAGUGAAGGAGAACAACAAGGAGGAGAAGAGCGAGAAGGAGGCUGCCAACAAGACGGACGACAAAGAAGGGGAGAAAGACAAAGCAGGAGGCCAGGAGGAGGCCAAGAAACCGGAGCCUGAGAAGUCAGAGGCGGUGGUCGAUGCCAAGGCCGAGCCGCCGAAGAACAGCGAGCAGCAGCAGCAGGCGGCCAAGCCAGAGGAGCCGCCCAGCUCUGCCACCGCUCCCCCAGCCAGCAGCGAAGCGCCUAAACCCUCAGAGCCCAGCAGUGAUGCAAAAGCUUCCCAGCCUUCGGAAGUCGCCCCUAGUAAAGGAGACGACAAAGGCAAGGAGGACGGGGAUGCCAAAAAGACUGAGGCUCCAGUACCCGCAGCCCAAGAAACUAAAAGCGAAGUGGCUUCAGACUCAAAACCUAGCAGCAGCGCGCCCGCGCCUUCUUCCAAGGAGACCCCAGCGACAACAGAAGCACCUAGUUCAACUCCUAAGGCCUCAGAGCCCGUGGCCCCGCCAGAGGAAGCGAAACCGUCUGAAGCCCCGGCGACUAUUUCGGAUCAAUCCGUAGCGGCGAAAGAUUAAAUUUGGACAGCCUGUUGGGAGAGAAAGAAAAAAAUUAACCACUUAAAACAACCUGUGUUUUUUUUUUUAAUUUCCUCCCCCCCACCCCAGCUCUACUAACUUGUUUCAGAUCUGAAAUAAGAAAUAUGUAUUG